AUGGCAGACCCUUCAGCCAUUUAUGAGUUCCUCAUGAAACAACAAACUUCAUCAUCACCAUCACCACCACCACCAAGAACAACCAGAAGAUCAUCACAGCCACAACAACCUUCAAGAAUUUUUCAGUGUCAAUAUUGUCACCGAAAAUUCUACACUUCUCAAGCUCUUGGUGGUCACCAAAAUGCUCACAAACAAGAAAGAGCUGCUGCUAGAUCAAAAACCAUCAACCUCAACACCACCAACAACAACAACAACGUUGUUCCUUUUUCACCACCACCACAGUCAUAUGUUUCUGAACAACAUGAACAAGGUGGUUUCUUUCAUCAUUACCCUUAUUGGCAACAAAUGGAACCUAUACAGUUUCAAACACCACAACAACAUCAUGUUGAAGCAGCAACAAACACUUUUCAUCCUAUGGUUCCUUGCAAUGGUUAUGCUUCUGGUUUUGGUGCUUCAUCUUCCACUCCUCACUAUGUUUUCUCCAACAAUGCUGCUUCUGCUUCUACUUCUCCUCAGUUUGUUGAUGCUUCUGACCAUGUCAAUCUUGAUCUCACUCUUCACCUUUGA